AGUUUACGCGUCAACGGCCCUUCAAUAUCGUUCUUCGAUAAUUUCCUUGCCUGAGCCAUCUUCCAGAAUAACAGAAAGAUGGAAGAACAUUGCAGUUGGAGGUUGGUUUGCAAAACAGAGCUCAUUUCUCGGUCUACAAGACGAAGACCUUCUCAGUAAAGGUGGCAACGAGCUCAAACCUAUGGAUGAAAGGAAAGAAACUAACACGAAGGAUUGGAUUUGCAAAGGAAAGCAGGGUAUAGUUUUCGUAACGAAAAAUUCAAGCAUCAUCACAGUGCAGGUCGGCAGCAAAGUACUACUUCCGUGUACUAUCAAGAACCUGUGUGAUGGAACGGUUUCAUGGGUAAGAAGGAAAGAUUACCAUCUCCUUACAGUCGGAUUGGCCCCUUACGCCGGAGAUGAUAGAUUUCACUCUGCCCACCCAUUCAACUCAGAUGAUUGGUCUCUACAGAUUAAGUUCGUCGAACUUAGGGAUGCCGGCUUGUACGAAUGCCAGGUUACUUCGCAUCCUCCAUCGAGCAUUUUUAUUCAUCUGAGAGUUGUUGGCUGGGAUUUUGAACUGUUAGUUGCAAAAGUAGAAACUCGUAAAAUUAAGAUAGAUUAUAUCAUUUUACCCUAA